AUGUCUCGCUGGAUUGGCCCGUCAAGACGGAGGGAUGCAAAUGUAGCUCCGUGGUCCGAUCGACCUACGCCGGCUCAAAGCGACGCUUCAACGUUCGAGGCGUACAUAACGGGCGCCUCUUCAUCCGCUCCAUCGCAGGAUGCGACAUCGACUUCGGAAGCGGGAAAGGUGCCCAAUUUGUCUCCUGCUGCACUCCAAGAGCUCAACAUGCUUCGGCGUGCCGGCCACGUGUAUCAAGAAGCGCUGCGAAGGAACAAGGACGUGCAAGAUUUGCUCAACAGAGCUCUUGUAGCUUCUGAUUUGGACAUUAAAGAACUGCAAGAUCUCGAGGUGAGUCGUCAAAUUGUACCAGCCACGUGAUCUUAGGGAAUGACCACGAGCUGACGGAGGUGUUGCAUGGUAUGUAUGCAUCUCUUUGCAGACAUCCCUCGACUUUGCUACAUAUCUUGCGGAAGAGGGCACAAAGAAGAGAAUCGUCGAGCAAUCAAAUCCUCCGCUCUUGCCCCUAUUCGACGAGCUUGACGCCGAGGUGAGCGCAGAUGUAUCGUCGCGAACAACAGGUUACGCAGCCAUGCCAUGGUACGUCAGUGAGAUGCUCACGCCUUUUCCUUCUGGCCCAGAUACCGGUUCUGCGGAAGGACUGUCAGGAUCAGAUGGAUCUUCGAGAUUUUGUCCUGUCGAACCCAUGUGAGCUAUUUCGAAAGCACGCGCCGCAUGCAUGCACCUCAGACUGACGCACCUUCUUGCAUGGCAGGGUCAGAGGCGGAGUCUUUGAGGUUGAAAGAGGUGACGCUAAAGGAAUGUCAGCGCGCCACAUCUAGAGUUCUGUUGUCUCGAUAUAGAGACAGAGUGUGGUCUCAAGUCUCUUCCAAAAGUGCACCGGACGUGAUACAAGUCUCUUUACCCGCCUGGGCUCGCACGCACAAGACCCUUCUCAAUACUGGCCGAUCUGGUCUACGUGAGGACGUGGAGACGGAUGAAGAGGAGGAGGACGGAUUUGAUUGGGAGCAUGUCUCCAACCAGAUGGGCUUGGCCAAGACGCCAGAAGAAUGCAGGACUAGAUGGAUCAUGAACGACAGGCCUGGAAUAAGCUCCGAUCCUUGGAAAGAUGAGGAGGUGAAGCGCUUAAUUGGGAUUGUACAGAGGUUGCAGGGAGCAGAGGAGGACUGGGAUUGGGAACAAGUGGCCAAGGAGCUGGGAGUGAGUGUGCAGGUGCCAUGAGCUGAGUCGCCCUACCUGCGACCAUCGCGAAGCUGAUCUUUCGCUGCGCUCGCCCCCGUACAUCAGACCAAUAGGAUAGGCUCAGAAUGUCUCAUGACGUAUGCCUGCAACGACGCUAAUCCCGCGAAUGAGAGCCUCGACUACACCAAGGAAGAGGACCUCAGAAUCCUUCAGCAAGCUCAAAUUUGGAGCGAGUCGUCGUCCUCUCUCGGUGAGCUUGUCUUGGCCGUGUUCCCUAUUCCUUUCUGCGGUGGACUCAUCCGCUGAUCCAGCCUUUUGCGUCUUGGCGGGUCCUGGCUCCAGUGGCAGAAAGAUCUUGUCCGCACAGAUUACCUGUCAAUUUGUCCCUGCACUACGCUCAUAAGCUGCGAGCGGCUACUCAGGAGACCUCACCCGUGAGGUGGGAGGACGGGAGAAGACACGAGAUAGUUCUUCAAUGCGUCAAAGUCCAAAUAGAAGCGUACAACUCUAGGGCCAAAGGGUCGAACGAUCUGCUCGGGUUGUCACUUCCAGCGGCAGCUGUCGAGAACCUGACGGGCAAUCGCGCGAUCCGUCAGCGGAUCAGGAACCACUAUGCCGCCUUGGCUGAAAAGCUCAACUGGCACGAGGUGGCUAGACAGGUGGACGGCAUGAGUUGGAAAAGGUGCAAGAGGCAUUGGAUCGCCCAUUUCGUCGAAGUGGGCAUCACGCAGAUGUGUGAGGACGUGGAAGCGGAAGGGGGCGUGAAUAGGCCGCAGCGCGAGGCGAAAAGGAAGAGAGAGGAGUGGCAAGACGACGCUUCGACCCCUGGAAUGGAGGGACGACCGGAGGUGGACGCUUCGGUUCCAGUCCUCCAAACGGAAAGACCUUGGGCCCCUCAUGUACGUAUCCCCAUCCUCAAUACGCUUUGGCAGCACGCGCGAAGAAAAUGUCAGACCUGACCUUGAGCACCUCUUCUCUGUCUUACGACGAACGCAACGCAGGAAGACGCAAUGAUACACAAGUACAGACCAGGCAAGCGGUCCAAUGCUGCAAUCGCAAAGAUGUUGCGGACAGGUCGAAGCGGAGCCGAAGUGAGUCUUGCUACUUCUUGUUUUCUUGGUUCACAUAGCGUCAUUUGCACCCUCUUCUCACCGGCAUAGCUUCUGCUGGAUCGUGCAACAGGUGGCGGCGAGGUGGGAAGUACUCAAAGCUCGGGCGCGCGAUGCAAGUGCAAGACAGCUGGAGAGCGCCCCGAGUGAUCAAACAAGCUAG